GCCACCUUUGGGAUGGGAUGUUUCUGGAAACCCAGCGAAGAAUUGCUGAAAGUGCCCGGAGUGACCGAGACGAUUGCGGGCUAUACCGGAAAAGCAAACGCCGAGAGUCCCCCUAAUUACGAAUCGGUAUGCUUCUCAUACGAAUGGGUGGAAGGCGUCCGUGUGGUUUACGACGAAACGCAACUCGAGUAUGAUGCGUUGCUGGACGCUUUUUUUGAAGCGCAAGAACCAAAAUUGGGGUCGCGACAGUACUCGUCCGUCAUAUUUCCCCACGACGAUACGCAACAGCGCAUCGCGGCCGAUUGGUUGGAGCGCAAUUGCAAUCGACUGCGGGGUGACGGUGUGGCAACGAGUUGGACAACGGUCGAGCCGCUGGCGAACUUUUAUCGAGCAGAAAACUAUCAUCAACGCUAUUGGCAGAAGACUCGACCCCGG